AUGAUCAAGCCUGCCCUGGAUCAUAUGCCCGCAGAGAUCCUAGCAGACAUAUGCUGGCAUCUCUGCAGCCACUGCACAAAUGACCAUCUGAGUCACUAUCCCCAGCCAAACUCACCCGCAACUCCUGAUCCAGGGAAGCUAUGGGAGAAGCCAUCUGCUGAGAUCACCACCGGCCUUCUGAGCCUUGCACGCACUUGUCAGGUCCUGAACAACGCCGCGACACCAUACAUCUACCACAACAUCGACGCAAGAGGAUGGCCUGAGGAGAAGAUCACGGAGUUCCUUAGAAAUCGCCGCCAGCUACAGAAGAGAUCUUUCAUCCGGCGCUUGACUUAUGAGGUCGAACCGUUUCCCCUGUACACUCUGCUAUGCAGGAUGCCUGGUCUCCAGCUACUCUCUUUGAUAGACCGCCACUCCGUCGGUCAGACACUCGCAAGCAAAACCCAGAAGAAGCUGCAUGACCUGCGAUAUCUACACCUCGAAAGCACACACUCUGCGUCCAUCCGCGACGUAAGCACACUGGAGAACUUGUUCGAAAUGGCGCCCAAUAUCAAGACACUUGUCAUCAAGUCCGGUGUUCUCGAGUGGAAAGACAAAUUACACGACUCUCCUAAAGUGCCUUUCGCAAACUUCACUUGUCUGAAGCUCUUCAACGUGGGCGUCAACGCGAAAACUCUGGAAAGGAUCCUCGAAAAGUGCGGCCCUCUUGAGUCAUUCAUAUACAUAUGCCAGCGAUCCGAGAGGCCUCUUAUAUCCUCACCCCUCCGUCCGCUCAAGACGUUUGAGAGACUAGAGACGUUAGUUCUUGGUGGGGAUUCCCUUACUAUUGGAGUAUUCGCUGAGAGUACAUUUCGUGUCAAGGAACUUGAUCCGACAAGUUUAAUCGAGCUUCUGCCUGCUUCUAUUGUCAAUGUUCGGAUCGACUCGAAACACCUCCACAAGGACAUGUACCAACCUAUGGUAGCAUCGUGCCAGGCAAAACAAGCUGGGUCAUUCCCAAAACUUCGGUCCAUCUUGCAGAGCAACUUCGAUAUUUCCCAAGUCCCGUACACUUUGGGAGACCUCAGCGAACUAUCUGAGAGAUACGGGGUCUCGUUCAAACAAGAGGCUACUCAGCACUUCAUCAAGGCAGAGAACCUCACCGACAUCAAAACCGCCGGCGAAGGUCUCGAAUGUCUCGUUUAUAAAGCAAGCUCGCCAGCUUAUGGCCCUGUCGUUCUCAGAGUACCCAGAGUCAAGGUCUACCAGAACGCCAAUGACCCCAGCACCAACGCCAGUGAUCUAAUCCAACAAGAGAUGAAGAUCUACAAGCUUCUGGAAAACGCAUGCGUACCUGUUCCGAAAGCAUACAAGUACCUUGAAGAAGAUGGUUAUCCAGCGAUGCUAUGCGAGUACGUGGACGACGAUAGAACAGACAUCACAUUUGGGGAAAUGGGACGUGUAGCGGCGAUGUUACACUCAACGCCCUUGUCGGAUCCAACGAUGAAAACAGUCGCGUUGGAAACAGAAGACGUGUUCUCAACAGUUGAACAAAGACUCAAAAGACGCUUCUCAGUGCUGUCGCAUACAGUCCCAGAGGCUUCAAGCUGGAUAACAGACUGGGGCCUCAUUCACAAUAUCCUCAAAGGUCUCAAACGCUUCCCUUCAAGUCUACUUCACAUGGACUUUCGCGACGUGAAUCUCCGUCACAAGGACGGAAAAAUAAGCGGAGUGAUCGAUUGGACCAAUACUCUCGUCGGCCCAGCAGCCGUUGACAUCUUUCGCACGCUAGAGUUCAGCGAACUCGACGAGAGCUUCGUCAAAGGUUACACUGAAGUGGCUACCUGGCCUGAUGUUACAGCCCAAGAAGAGUAUUUGCUAAGACUUGAUGCUGCGCUUGUGCUGGCGCUGGUAUUUACAUCGGAGGCGCCGGAUGCUGAGCGGGCCGAGGUUGCGGUCGCGAGGGUGAAGGAACUCUCAGAGCCUCGUGGAAGCGACGUCGCACGAAUAGAGAAAAAAUGUGACGAAUAG